UUUUCUUUUUUUAUGCUUUUUACGUUAAAGUAAAAAAUUUAUUUAUUUUGAAACGAAGUUUACAAAAGCUACAAGCUACUCUCAAAUCGUCAAUUUUUUACGUACAUAUGUACGUGUGCAUACAUAUAUAAAUUUCAAGUUAGUAUUAUUGCGUAAAAGAACUGCAUUUAAAAUAACGGAAUAUUUAGAAAGAAAAUAAAGCAAACAUCUUAAUAAACGUCAGCAGAAUUACAAAGAAUUAAAUAUAUUUUUCAAAUUUUCAACUAAAAAAUCAAAUAAAAUGUCACGAUUAAGCUACGCUGCGAGAAUAUGGAUUCAAACGCAUCGACUGCCGAACACCUUAACAACGCUGAUGCGAGUAAUUUCCACCACGGCGCCAAACCCGCACUUCAGCAACCACGAAAUGCCGUUAGCCACCGAAGCGCUACACGUUUUAGCGAAAUCCGAGGCGAUGGUGGAUAGCAGUGCACCCAGCAAAAGCAACAAUAAUAACGACUUGAACGAUGUUGCGCCAGUAGACGAGGCGAAACCGACUUCAAUCAAAGAAAAUAAGCUACCCGAAAUGACAAUUGUGGAUAUAAAUAGUGGCUAUAUGGACUUCGAAGAUCGCAUGGCACAUAUGGAUUUGGAAGAACGUAUUAACGAAGCUAAACAAAACAAUAAUCCAGUGCUGCCUUUGGUGCGAACAAUGCCGACGGUUGUCAAUAUCGAUGGCUACGGCGACGAUAUGAUGUACGAAGACAGGCCUGAAUUGAUAUUGCCGCAGAAAAUGUCCGCAAAACUAGCUGAAGAUACAGCAGCUGCAAAGCCAGUUGGCGAUGAUGCUGUAAAUGUGGUGCCAAUGGCGGCUGAAGCAGCGGUAGCUGCGAAAAUGGCCACACAGCAGAAAAUAAUAGACGCUGAGGAAGCAAUUAAAGCAAUUGCUGUGGAUAACUCAACCAGCGAGCAGAAGUUUGUGGCAGCUAGUUCAACUAUGACAAAAAAUUCCAUCGACGAUGUGGAAGUAAUUUGCGAGGCACCAGUCGACAUAGACGCCUUCGCCAAUGAGCAGGAGCAAAAGCAGGGCACUGUCGACAUCGACACCUACGGCGAAGAUGAGCGCUUCAAAUUGCCACCGAUACCGAAGGAGCGUAACAACGUCUUCGAAUUUAAAGGCAUCAAGAUCAUAAUGCCCAAGCGCAUGCUGCGCGAUUCUACUUAUCGUUAUCGCUUGGAUCCAAACGAUAAGGACAAAGCGGACGAUAUGCAAAUUUGCGUUUAUGAGAAGUAAAUCAAUGCAACAACACAUGCUGUGGAGGAUAUUUUAUGCAAGAGCCUUUCUUUUUUUUGUUUUUAAAAUUUUUAUGUCAUUUUGUUAAUACCAUGUCGUUGGUAAUGUAUUUUUAAUAAACUUAACUGUUUAAUAAACUUAACAAAGCUAUAUACUUAUUA